AUGAUUUGGAUCUCAAGAACUACGUUAAGGUUUGGUCUUUCUUCUUCCAUUCCCAAGUUUCAUCCUUUCCUUUCAAACCCUUCUUCCCUCUCUUCCUUUCGCUCUCACACUCAGACCCCAUUACUUCACGAUCACUAUGUUACUCACGCUGUUUUCCAAUUCGAUAGCAUUAUUCGUACGCACCCUGUUCCUCCCAUCUAUGAAUUUGGUAAGAUUUUGGGAUCCCUCACAAAGAUGAAGCGCUACCCUACUGUUAUUUCCCUUUCUAAGCAAAUGGAGAUGAAGGGAAUUCACCAUAACCUUUUUACUCUCAGCAUCCUCAUCAAUUGUUUCUGUCACUUGUCUCAGAUGACAUUUGCUUUCUCAAUAUUAGGCAAAAUUUUCAAACUGGGCUAUCACCCAAAUGUCGUAACCUUAACUACACUCAUGCGAGGUCUCUGUACAAAUGGUGAGGUGAAAAAAGCACUCAACUUUCAUGACAAGGUGGUAGCACAAGGAUUUCGGUUCAACGAAGUCGGUUACGGGACUUUGAUCCAGGGAUUGUGCGAUAUUGGAGAAACCAAAGCUGCCAUACAGUUACUCAGAAUAAUCGAAGUUCGAUCGAUUAAACCUAAUGUGGUCAUGUACACUACAAUUAUUCAUCAUCUAUUCAUAGAUGAACUUGCAAAUGAGGCUUUUGAUUUGUAUUCUGAAAUGGUUGCCAAGGGAAUUUCUCCUGAUCUUUAUACCUGUAAUAUACUCAUUGAUGCCUUGUGUAAAAAAGGAAGGAUAAAACAAGCCAAGAAUGUGUUAGCUAUGAUGGUGAAAGCUUAUGUGAAACCUGAUAUUGUUACCCUCAACACUUUAAUGGAUGGGUAUUACUUAGUUAACGAGGUGAAGAAUGCAAAACAUGUAUUCAACCUUAUUACCAAGGUAGGAGUGACACCUACCGUUUACACCUACAAUAUCAUGAUUAAUGGAUCAGGUAAGAGUAAAAAAGUGGACGAGGCAAUGAAUCUCUUUCGGGAUAUGCAUAAGAGAAACAUGGUUCCUGAUACAGUUACCUACAAUUCUCUUAUAGAUGGUUUAUGCAAAUCUGGAAGAAUAGCUUAUGUUUGGGAUCUUAUUGAUGAGAUGCAUGAUAGAAAUCAACAACCGAAUGUAAUCAUUUACAAUUGCUUGAUAGAUGCUUUAUGCAAAAGCUAUCAUUUAGACGAGGCAUUUGAAUUAUUGAAGACAAUGAUGGAAAAGGGAAUUCAGCUGGAUAUGUACACCUGGAACAUACUUAUUGAUGGAAUGUGCAGAGGAGGAAGAGUUGAGAAGGCACAAGAGAUCUUUCACGAUCUUUUAAUUAAAGGCUACCCUUUAGAUGUAUAUAGUUAUAGUAUUAUGAUAAACGGUCUUUGUAAAAAGGGUUUGCUUGAUGAGGCAUUGACUUUAUGGUCCAAGAUGGAAGACAAUAGUUGCAUGCCCAAUGCAGUAACUUUUGGCAUAAUGAUUAGGGCUCUCUUUUCAAAGGAUGAGACUGAUAAGGCAAAGAUAUUUCUUCGUGAAAUGAUCUCUAGAGGCUUGUUAAAAUCAUAA